GAACCUUUCUGUGACAGUUUCCACGAACAACUAAGAGAGACGAACACAUGGAACACGGGUGGGAAACAAAUGAGUGAUGGCAGUGUCGAUGGCUUAAACUUGUGUCAAACAUUGAUUGAGCCCGUGCGUUUUGUGUUUUAGACGUCUGAAAAUGAAUUCAUUCUUAAGUAAGGUUGCAUAUGUGCGUCAGAUAGGUGCCCUGGACCAUGCCCUCACAAUAUUCAGAUCCCCAGAAUACAUGCCAAGGACACUGUUUGGGGGCUUGUUUGUAACCAGUGAGAGGCAUUAUAGGUCCAUGCCAACCCAUGGAAUUGGAAAAUACAAGCAUCUUCUUCCUAAAGACGGGCCCAAGAAGAGAAAGGACAAACAUCAGAUGAAGGCCAUCAAAGCUACAACCGGUACAGAAUAUGGGACACUCAAUGUGAUAGUCUCUGGCUACGACAUGAUCUUGGUGGAACACUACGCUCAGUACAUCCAUAAUCUCUGCAACCGCUUCAAUGUCAAAGUAGAUGAGAGCUACGCCCUUCCGACCAAGACCACAGAGAUUAUGAUCAUGCAGGACCAAUCCACGAAGAUGUUUGUGGAUGCAAUUUUGAAGACGCAUGAAAGAGUUGUCCAGAUGCGUCAGCUGAAUGCGACCUUCUGCCCUAUUUUACUGGAGGUGCUCCUCAAGAACCAGCCGGAAGGAGUGCAGCUCUCUAUAAAGGAGCACACUGAAGCAGACUACCAGGCACGCUUCAAAGCUCGACCAGAACUUGCUGGACUGAUGGCAAAAAUGAGUUAACCGACUGCAGCAGGCUGUGUGUGUGUGUGUGUGUGUGUGUGUGUGUGUGCGUGUGUGCGUGUGUGUGU